UAUACAUUUUAAGAGCACAACAUUUGUCGCCGUCACUGCUUACCAAAACCAAUUAGUCACUCAAAAGAAAAUUGAAUUAAAUCCUUUUGCUAAGGGUUUUAGAGAUCAAAAGAAUGAAGAUUUGACAGAUGAAAGGCUAGUUUGGUUAAUUUUUGGAAAAUUUAAAAAAUAACGAAUAAAACCCUUAAACCGCGCCCUAACACCGACCACAUACCGUAAAUAUUCUAAUAGACGCCUUUGACUUCUAUUAGACGAUCUGGGACUCGUUGAGUGAGUUUCUAAUAGAGAUUGGGCUUCUAUUAGAAUAUGUACGGUAUUUUCUUCCCUGUCCAGAAAGUAAGAAAUUCCCGAACUCUAGUAUCCUUCCCCGGCCUGCAACACUUCCCCGACCUCUAAUAAAAUUUAAAUUCAAAAAUUUUUUCUUCCUUAAAUUUAAGAUUAGCCUCCAACUGUCUAUUUGAACCAUCAGAAAUAAAUAAACAAAGUCCCUCCUCUUCCUCAACAUGUUCAAAAACACCACAAAAACGUUUAUUCCCAACAACACCGUAUUCGCCUUCUCCUCCCUUCCGAGCUCCCCCAUUUUCAAUGCUUUCUUCAAUUGGACUUAGAUGGAUUCCAAACUUGACCUCCAAUACUCAAAUAGCUCUACAUCCAUAUUUUAGAGUAUCAGAAGAAAGGAAACGGAACAACAACAUUCUAGACUCUAAUAGCCCUUUAAUGGAAAGUAGAGUUUCUAAAGAAUUUUCAGACGAAUACUCUAAUGGCCCUUCUUAAGACUCAAACAGAAUGUUGAUCUUUUGGGUAAAAUCAAAAUUAAAAACAAUGGUCAUUGGGGCUGUGCGCCAAAAUUUUUGCGUUGUGCGAACGCCAAUGGCAAAAGCAAAAUGUUUGAAGCAGAAACAAAAUGUUUAAAUUCUGGUUUUUAAAGUUUAUUUACGAAAUUCUGAUUUCCAAGUUUAUUUUUUUUCAAAAUUCUGCUUCAAGUUUAUUCUGCUUCCAAGUUUAUUUUUCUGUAAUUCUGGUUUUAGAUUUAAUUUUUCAGAAUUUUGUUUCAAGUUUAUUUUUGAUAGUUCUGAUUCUAGGUUUAUUUUUCCGAAAUUCUGAUUCCAAGUUUAGUUUCGAAAUUAUGUUUCAAGUUUUUCAAAAUUCUGAUUUAAAGUUUAUUUUU